GGCUUGGCAAAAGCGGUAAACCAAACGAAUACUCUCUCAAAUUACACAGUGAUGACCUUGCAGCCGUAGUAGCUAAAGUUAAAUCGAAUAAAUCGAACAAGAAGAUCGUCUUGGUUGGCUGGUCUUAUGGGUCACUAAUUUCUCUCACAUUUAUGCAAAAUUAUCCUGAUAUUGAAGUACAUGGAUUUAUUUCGGUUGGGGGAAUCGUCGAUUUCAAAUUCGAUCCGUCAAAAGAAUUAACGAGUAUUUUAACUACAUUGAAUAAUAGUGAUGAUUUCACAACAAUUGUUUCCGUAUUUACUACAAUUUAUGAGAAUAUUUCCGCUAAACCUCUUUCUGAUGAACUCAAAUCUUUUAUGCUCGGCACCACUGUCCUUGUUUCUAACGGAUAUCGCAAAACUAGUAUUUUUGUUCCAACAGAUGAUUUAAGUAAUUUCUUUAGUAACCUAAACAUUCCAACCUUAAAUAUCAUUGGCGCACAAGAUC